GCCUUGCUAGCUAGUAGCUGCUCUCACUUUCCCUCCUCUUCUUGCUCUCCCAUGAGCGAGCAGCCACAGAAAUGGAAGACCCGAAGGUUUUUACGAUCUUAGAGCUGGUCCAGCGUGGACAUCCCUUCACCGCCACUUCCUCUCUCCACUCACCCCCUCGCAGCCGUCCGAUCUCUCCCAAACCCUCCGCAUCAAACCAUAGACUCAAACCCCCCGGUCCCACCCCCUCAAAUCCUAACCCUAACCCUAGAGUUCUCACUCCCCUCAACCACCCCGCCAUCCUCAUCGGAACUCUCACCCUCCCGACCGUCGACUCCACCCCCGCUCCAAACCUUAAUCCUCGAUGCCCGUACAGAACUUGCUUCCAAUUCUCCGACGCUUCGGCUACGACCUGCUGCGACAUUCUCGACCUCGACGUGAGGACAAUCGGGAAGAAAAUCCACGUUCUCGCUUGGAAUUUCGUUCCCUUGAAGAAUCGUGGCGGCGGGUUCUUGGAGAUCAUCAAAUGGAGGUUUCCGGAAUCGAUCGGCAGACUUGUUCGGUGUUCGGUCGAUUCGUUUCCAUUGGUUUCAAGUUCUGGAUCUACUUUUGAGGAUAGUUCCAAGGCUCGGUAUCGAAUCCACGGCGCACUAGAGUCUGUAAGCCCCGUGACCGUAGUUCCAUGCAAUAAGGGUCUAAAUUCAAGCUAUUCGGCGAAUCUUCGAGGAUUUUUAGUCCAAUUUAUGGUUUGUGAGUGUGACUUGUGUCGUUCAAAAGCUUCGUUAAUGGUUUUGAAUGAUUCAAUUGUAGAACAUGGUCAGGGUAGUGGUUGUCAUUGUUACAAUAAGCCUGAGUUCGUAUAUUUUUGUGGUUCCACUUCGUCUUGGCAUCCUGUGAUUACGAAACUUAUUGGGAAUGUUAUUACGGUCUCGGGGUUGAAGAAGAAGUUGGUGUAUAUUGGAAAGGAAGAGUCUCGUUUGAUGUAUGUAACUACGGAUAAAUCUGCUUUGCAUUUACCAAGGCUGUCAAAGAAAUGGGUACCGCAUGAAAAAAUUAAUGUUAAGGGGAAGGGCGAAUGUGGUUCAUAUAAGGGCGUAGUCAGAGGCGUGUACAUGCAAGGGAUGGUUGUCGAGCUGGAUGAUGAAGUGUGGCUCUUGUUAACUGAUCAUCAAGUAACUGCACCGCAUAGUCUUAGGGUUGGUGCUCUUAUAUCCGUGAGAAAUGUCCAUUUCGUGAAUCCAAAAUUUUCCUGGAAGAAAAUGCUUUUACUUGGGGCUUGCUUCAAGACUAGCAUUAUUGUGGAGUCAUUCUCCCCUUUGGAAACUGGGUGUCAUGUAGUUUCACAAUCACAGAGUAUGCUGGGGAAGUUUGUUGAGUCUCUAGUAUAUUCUGCCAGACUAUGGGUGUUACUUGUUGUUUCAUGUUUUAGGAAAAAGUUUGCAGGUAUCACAUCUGACAAGGAGAUUUUGGGAUCGAAACAUAAGGAAGGACUGGUUCAGGUGUUUGCUAGUUUUCAUUUACCAAUGUCAGUGUUUCGAUCUCGGCAUGGAGUAUUCAUGGAGCUAUGUAAGCACGACCGGUGUGGCUGUGGUAGUGAACUGUAUUCUGAUAACCUGAAAUUGGUGAUGCCCAUAUCAAGUUUUAUCCGUUAUUGUGAGGCCACAUGGAUGAGAAGGCUAAGAUUGGAAAAGGACUGUAAAAAAUUGUGUGAGAAGAACCAAUUUAGCCUUUUACCCUGUGAAGGGAGAUUCUAUGGUCGGUCGGUAAGGAAAAUAUUUGCAAGUCAAGAUAUUGGAAUUAUUUUGCUUGGAAGUCUAAAGAUUUCUCCCUCUUCUGGAAGAUUACAGUUGGUUGAUGCGACUGGUAGUAUUGAUGUUCUUAUACCAGACCUUCCUUCAACCUGGAAUGCCAACAACAUAUUUGAGGUCAUUAACUAUAGUCUUGUUGUUGAAGGCGUACCAAAUAUGGUAGAUCAUUUUGGAUUGCCUGACAGCGAGUCAGUCUCAUGCAGAAGUAUCUUUCAGUGCAUCUCGCUAGCAAGAGAGACAAACUUAGCAGUCUUCGUUUAUUUUCAUUUUAGGAAUGUGGCUUGCAGAAAUAUUCCCCUUUAUCAAUGUAUUGACUGGAAGAAUGAUUUCAAGAAACUUGAAGAUGGAACAUUUCAUCUGCUUUACGUAACACACAAAUUUCCUGUGCCGCACAAGUUUCAUGGUGAUCCAGCUGUAUUGAACACGUCGAGUCUAUUUGUUGAGGCCUUAAUCUUGCCCUGGAAUUUAUUUCUUGCUGCGGAUGGGCUUAUGAAUCCAACAACGGUUUCAAGGGAACAACUGGAGGAACCCAUGGAACAUUCUGCUGGUGAAAAUUACCAGGAGCGUGUCUCCCUCAAGAGAUGUAAUUUCAACCAUUCUUCGAUCAGGGCAUUGAGGUCAGGCAUAAUGUAUGAUUUUUGCAAAUCUGGCAGUGAAAAUCCUUAUACUAAAUCCAGUGAGGAGCCGAGACUUGGCAAAUUGAGUUCUUACAAAAUUUCUUGUUUGGUAAAUGUUAGAGGUGUUGAUGGCAAUGACCUAGUUACUUCAGGUAUCUUGUACUGCACAAGAGCCAAUCCGAGUUCUGUUGGUGGGUGCAGAUCUGGUUCAUAUAAGGUACUGAUGGAGUUCAAGUCUGAAAGUAUUUUCAAUUAUCAGUUGUUGCAGAUUGGUGGUUAUUACAUUACAAAGCAUCAUGGAGAUGAUCUUUUCUGUAAGUUUGAGGACUCUGUUUGUGUCAAUGGUGUCAAAGUCCUUAUCACUUCUGGAACACAUUUCUGGAGUCUUUCAUAUGCUUCUGAUGAGGUUCUCCGCAAUAGUAAUUCAUCACACCACCCUAUAUUAGACGAUUCUUCUUUCAGAAAUAAUGAGGUUCUCUCCGAAGAUCAAAUUGAACUGCUUCAAGUGUCCCCCGAAAAUUCUGCUAGAACCUGUUUAGAUGUUCAUCUUUGUCUCCCAGCCGAAGUAAUAGGUCACUUGGAGGCAAAUCUUGAGGGAUUGGAAGAAGGCCUGGUCAAGCCAUAUGUGAUACCCAAAGAGAUUUCUAACGCUUCUCUGCCAAUGGGACCUCCUGAUUGUAAUCGCCUGUUUCCUGCAGGAAAUUUAUCUUCUCUUCGGGGGCAUGUGAUUGCAGUUCAUGGCAUUGAUGAUAGUUCCAUUGGUGCACAUUUGAGCCAUGAAAGCCUUGGUGAGGGUCUCCAGUCAAGAUCCUUUCAGGAAACUAUAAGAAGCUUUUGUAUUCAUGUUUUGGUGGACGAUCACUUUGUAAGGAUUUUUGGUUCCCUGAAUAAACAUGCUUUUCCUACUGGAUUCGGACCUGGUACAUAUGCGACAUUUCACCGAAUUCUUCAAUUGGGGGGAAAUAAUAUCUUUAUGUUGACACCUGUAACAUUUAUUGCAAUCAAGUCCAUCCAUGUAGUCAGUGAACCCUACAGAGACACCUAUUUCAAGUCUUGGCCUGCAUCAGAUGCUUACAAUAAAGGUUCUCUAGAUUCUGUUUCUUCUGGUCUGUUUUUUGACUUGUCUCAGUGCUUGGAUUGCAAGCCAAUGCGGUUUCACUGCAGGGUUGUUGCUGUCCGUAUACUGGUUUUGGAGAAGAAGAAAGUAAAAUAUGAUGAUUUACAAUCAAAGGUUCCUGCCAGGCCACCCCACAUUGACAUUCCCCUAGCUUGUUUUGUGUUGGAUGAUGGGUCAUCCUCAUGUUGUUGCUGGGCUAAUGCUGAAAGAGCAGCAACCUUGCUGAGGCUGCAUGAAAAACUCCCACGGAGAGCUUUUGAAACAAGUAGCUGGACACUGAAGUCGGCUGGGACAGAUGACAAUGCCUGCAGCACCAGUACUUAUUAUCUUGAGAGAAUUUUCAAAAACCAUGAUAGAAUUACAGUGAAGAACUAUGGAUCGAUGUUUGAUUCUUCUUAUCAAGAGCUUGUUGUUUCUUACAGUCCAGAUAAUGCACUCAGCAUCUCGGAUGAGAACCUCCUUAAGUCCAUAAUUUUCAAUGCUUCCUUCAACACAUUUUGGACGGUUGUUGCUGGUAUGAUGGAUUCAAGUACUUGUUGGCAAUUGGGGAAAGAACACCUUACAGAAAUGGAGAUGCCUGGGCAUGCCAUCCCAAACAUAUGGGCUUCGGAAGUUUGUUACCCGAACCCGCUUGCUGAUGGAAGGAAAAUGAUCCAAGAACUGCUUAAUGGUCAAUACACUAUAUAGUGCAUGCGAACAUUAACAUACAUUUAACGAGAUAGAAAUUAGGGGUAGGCAUCAGUUUGGUAGGCGGUUAAGUCGGUUUGGUUAAGUUGGUUAAGUAAACUUUGUCGGUAGAGUCUAUAGGCGGUUGAUAUCGGUUCGGUAAGCGGUCGGUAGGCGGUAGUUUGAUAAUUUGCCCACAAAAUGUUCGGUAGGUAGUUAAGUCGGUAAAGUCGGUUCGGUUAAGUUUGUUAACUUUGUCGGUAGAGUCAGUAGGCGGUCGAUGUCGAUUUGGUUGCGAUUCGAUAAGCGGUCGGUAUGCGGUAGUCGGAUAAGUUGCUCACCCCUAGUAGAAACGUACAGGUUUCUAUAAGUUGCAUGCAUUUAACAAGACAUACUGAUAUGUAGUGCCUGACUUUAUCAUAUAACCAUCCCCACAUGUCAAGUCUAAAGAUUGUAAAGUUGAUUUUUUUUUUAUUUUUUAUUUUGGAUAAUUGUAAGAAGUAAUAAAUGUCAUAUAAAGUA